AUGAAAGAUAAUAAAAUUAGCCCCAAAACUAUUCUCAAUUCAUUAGAUUCGCUUACUUCAACUGAAACUAUUAAUAAAAAAGAAAAACAUAAUAAUAAAAACAAGAUAGUCAAUAUAUUGAAAUCAUUUAUUAAAAAUUUAAAUUUCUUUGGUAAAAAGACAGACAAUGAUAAACCAAAAGAAGAAUACGGUGGUAGUGACAGGAGUGAUUCAAAUGUAUCAGAAAACGUUGAUUGUAGUGAUAAAAACAAGAUAGCCAAAGUCAAUCCAUUUGAUCCAUUUACUAACUUACCAGAAAAAAAGGCAGACAAUGAUAAACCAAAAGAAGAAUACGGUGGUAGUGACAGGAGUGAUUCGAAUAUAUCAGCAAAUGUUGAGAAUUUCUUUAAAAAAAAAGAAUAUGGUGAUAAAGAAGCAGAUAAAAAUAAUAUUGUCUAUCUUGAUGCUAAAUCGAAUUCAUUUACUGAUUUAAGUGAGUUUUUUAAUAUAAUAACUGACAAUGAUAAACAACAAGCAAACAAUUUUAAUCUAUCAGAAAAUGCCGAUGAUAUUUAUAAAAAUAAUACGGGCCGUUUAUUUAGCUAUUUAUUUAAAACUUUUAAUAAAAAAAUAGACAAUGGUAAACAACGUCCUAAAUCAAUAUUAAUAAGACAAAAAUUUCUGGAAACAAACAAUUCAAAAAAUUACACCAAACCGAAGGCAUUUGUGCGGGAACUUUUAUUCGGAUUGGCAAGGACCAAAGUUAAUAUAAAGCCAUGGAAUAAAUUUAAAGUUGGAUUUGAUUUUUUGAAAAAUUGGAAUUUUAUUUUAAAAAUUCUAUAA